UCGUGGAAGAAAUAUGGCGGGUGAUGAAUUGGCUCGUAGGGGAUGGCAUCUGACAGCAGAAGGCAUCGCAGAGCUGGAACAAAAUGGGAAAAGAGGAGUGGAUCAACUUAUCAAAACAGCCAUUGAUACUGACUUGCGGGAUGUUGGAGAUAAAUGGCUGCCCGAGGAACUUCACAAGGGCAGACUGGACUAGAUUCAGGGUCCAGCAGUGCUGCAGUUGAUGAAGCUACGGAACAUCUCGGCCCCAAAAGAAAAUGAGGAAUCUCAAACAGCUCCUCGUCUUCUCCGUCUCUCUUUGACUGAUGGUCACAUCAACUGCACAGCCAUUGAAAUUGAAAAUCUCAAAAACAUCAACCUUGGUACUCCUCCUGGCACAAAGGUGAUGCUAGAGGGUGCUGUCGAUGUCGAGAACAACUUCCUCUUACUGACCAACAAAAACUUCCGAUGUCUUGGAGGGAAAGUAGAGAAGUUGGUGGAGACCUGGGAACUGAAGAGAAAACUGGCCAAGCAAUCAAGAUCCGGUGUACAGACUGAAGGCGGCCCACCAUUGUUUGUUCCGUUUGGAAAGAAGUUGCCCACUAAUGAUUACAAUCCCAAUCACAGAGCAGCAGCAGUGAAGAAGGAGGGUUUCAAGAGCUUGGAGUCUGGAAAGAAGGAUAAGACGGAAGAGAGUGAGUUCGAACAGCAGAGACAGGCAACUAUAGCUGAGGCUCUACAGGAGGGGAAGACAAAGACAUUUGGUGGGGGAAUGAAACAGCAUGUGAGUGACAAAGAUGUUGCUCAGAUUGUGGAGAUGGGCUUCACGUCAGAUCAGGCAAGCACAGCACUACGGCAAACCAGUGGCAACGUGAGCGACGCCAUCAGCUCCCUCAUCUCCAGGGGUGGUAGGGGUGGUGGUCGUGGAGGAGAUCGAGGUGACAGGUUUGAACGAAGACAGCCAAUGGAAUCAAGACAAGGUGGGCGUGGGCGUCGUGGGAGAGAUCGGGAUGACGAUGAAGAGGGCGGAGUAUCAGCCAGACCGAGUGGUCCAGCCACACUCUUCGAUUUUCUCGAAACUAAGAUACCAGUCAAGGAAGAGUCAAAGUCAUCCAGUGCCUCAGGUCGUCCCACCUACAACAACAACAAGUCAUCAACAGACAGCAGCUCAAGUCGCAGCAACUCAGGGCCCAGUGGGCGGCCUCACUAUGAAAAUAACUCCAGGUCCGGAGGCUACAAGUCCACACCCAACCAUCACCAACAACAGUCUCAACAGCAAGACUUCUCAGGGCAAAACUUUCAGAAUCGCAAACAAAAUCUUCCACCAAGGUUAGCGGGGAGGCACGGCCAGGAUGGGCAGAACUACCACCAACAGAAACCUUCUAGUCAACAGUUUUCUAAUUUUGAUUCUGAUAGGACUCAAAGGGGAGAGGAUUCUCAACGGAGAACAGACAAUCAAAGCCGGUCCAACCAGUCAGGCUAUAAUGCAUACGAACGUGGUCAGAAAGAUUUUAACCAGUCCCGUCCAAAGUCUGGAUCAUACAAUUACAGUGAUCAGCAAGAAUACAAGGAAAAUAGAUAUAAUAGUCGGCAAGAUUCACAACACAGUUCAAAGAACAAUGGCCACCAAGAGGACAGACGUGAUAACCGUUUUGACAACCAAAGAGGCAAUCGCCAAGCUCAAGGUCAGAGGAGUUCAAGGUCACAGCAAGAUGGGUCAAGAAAACCAUAUGAGCAACAGCAACAACAACAUCGUCAUGAAGGUCCCCCACAAGGUGAAGGUCAUUCAUGGAGGAAGGGAGAUCAGUGCAUGGCCAAGUACUGGGAGGACAGUCGGUUCUACAUGGCACGGAUCGAGGAUUUUGCUGCCAAUGGAGCCACAUGUGUUGUGACGUUCUUGGAAUAUGGCAAUAUGGAGGAAGUGCUGUUGUCUGAUAUCGAAAACCUCUCACAGCAAACUUGGCAACCUUCGAACAACUCGCGUAAUUACCACAAGGGUCCCCCCAGUCAGCAACCCUACUACAACAACCCCCCACACAGUGCGGGGGCAAUGGUCAUGCAAGGCCCACCCCCUUUUCCCGGCCAGGGUGCAUUCACUGGGCCAAUCAACUCCAUGGAGUUUCGACGCAGUGGUAAUGGAGCCAGCUAUCAAGGGGGACAAGGGGGACAACCCCGCCCUGACAAGCGCCGACCCACUCAACAAUACUACCAACCCCAAGCCCGUCAGUUCCAGUCAUGAUGACUGCGGUGUUAAUUUAUCAGGAUGUAUUUCAUUUAGUGCUGAAGACAUUGUUUUACACAACUUUGACAGUGGAGUCCAGUUAGGUCCACCCAUGAAUUUUGAAAUAACUUGGUCCAGAUUGAAUGGUACAGUGUCAUUUUUCAUCUAGAGAUUCAGUCUUCUUCUUUGUUUUUCUGGGCAGAAUAUUACCUGUAGAGAGCUGAACAUUUUGGAAUAGCCUUUCCUGUUAGGUCCAUAUGUCUCUGUUUGUAGAAGACAUUUUUAAAACUACCAGUACAUAUUGACCAUCAUUAUGUAUGUAGUAUACAAGUGUUGAUAAUCUCUUGUGAACCAGGGGCGAUGGCCUAAGUUUACUUAGACUGGGUAUGUGUGAGACUUUACGACAUGUCAUUUACCAAACAAUGAUACUUAGUUCAAGCUUAUUGACAUCAGAUGAUUUACAUCAAUACAAUACCUCUACAUCAAGGUCUACAGCCAUCUCCAUUUGAAAGCACAUCAAGUGAACCUUGUGCU